ACCCCAAAAUGCAGAAAAAAAAAAGAAUGACGUAAGGCAACUUCUCAGAGAAGGGAAAGACUUUGAUGAAGACUUAAAGCGCGAGGCCUUGAAGCUCGUUCAUUCUGUUUUCCCAGAACUUUGGUAAAUUCGCCCUCGCGCGAGGGAAGUAACAGAACUAGAAGAAGAUGGCAGCUGUGAUCAUCCCAAAGAAUCUGCCGAUCGGAUACAGGUUCCACCCGACCGAUGAGGAACUGGUCGAUCAUUACUUGAAGCUGAAAGUGCUCGGAUCCAGAGGCAACAUCUGCAUCAUUCCCGAGGUCGAUAUCUGCAAGUGGGAGCCUUGGGAAUUACCAAAAAUAUUCGAGGAGAAAUCAAUCGUUCCUCCUGAUGACAAAGUUCAAGAGUGGUGGUUCUUCUGUCCACAAACGCCACGAAUUCAAAGAUCGACUCCAUUGGGAUUUUGGAAAAAGACUGGUGUUGAUAGGACUAUCAAGGCUGGAGACAGGAACAGAGCGAUUGGUACUAAGAAAACACUGGUCUUUCAUGAAGGUCGGGGCUCUAAGGGCACCAAGACCAACUGGGUCAUCCACGAAUAUCAUCUCCUGACUGACAAUCUCAAUGAAUUGUUUGCACACGCUCCGACCAAGAACUACGUCAUCUGUCACUUAAAGCACAAAGGAAUUGAAGAGUCUGAUUUUUCAGCCCUGCAAUUAAAUGGUGGAGCCAUCAGCUUGAUGGACUUGGAUUCAGGCCUUCAUCAACCUGAACACAAUAACUCAUUUCCGGAAAUGUGGAGUGAGGAAGUUGGAAACUCAUCAAUUAGCUUGGCUGACUUGGAUUCAAACCUUCAUCUACCUGAACCCAAUAACUUAUUUCCGGAACCUUCAAUUCGGGCAGUGGAAAACUCAUCAAUUAGCUUGGUUGACUUGCAGUCAGACCUUCGUCAACCUGAACAUGAGAACUCAUGUCCAGAAACAUGGAUUCUGGUAGACUCAGCAACGGAGCCCUCACUUCAGCGGGACAACCGAGUUCAAGUCAUUACAUCAAUUCUCCCGCAGACUUCUUUCCAAUCAGAAAAUGUCAACUCCCAACGUGACUUACAUGGUAGAAAUUUCGGAAGUUCAUCUUUUGCGGACCUCUCAUGGGACGAUGAUGUAUUUGUUUGUAUUGAUGAAUCCAACGAGUUGCAAGUUAGCUACAUUGACAGAGAUCAAUUGCAAACACAGUAUGGCCCAAAAUGUAGCUCAGAUGAUGAACAUGCUGUUCUGAUGAAGAGUCAGCGAGCAAAAAUGAUCGAAUCACUCCAUGGUGUAGUUUCACUAGAUGAAAAGAAAGGGUUCAUUGAGCAUAAGUUCAAUGGGUUACAUAUCUCCUCCCCGAAGCAUAUGCAGCCUCCAAAAAAGCCUGAAAUUGCAAGAACUUACAGCACUGAUGAAGAAUCGACGGUCGAAAAGGUGGAGAAGCUGGAACUUGCAGCCAGAAAUAUCAAACCAGAAUGUGUUACUCUGGAUGAAUUAGAAGCCAAAGCAAAGUAUGGCCAAACAUCCAGCUCACGUAAUGCUCGUGCUAUGGUGGAGAAUUGGCAGACACCAACAAUUGAAACUCUCCAUGGCCAAACAUCUAGCUCACAGAACAAAAAUGCAUUGGAGGAGACUGGGCAAACACUAGCAAUUGAACUACCCCGUGGAUGUGGAGAAGUUCUUCCAGUGGAAAAGAAAAGCUUUGAUGGGAAUGAGUCCAACUGCUCAAAUGUCUUUCCCCCAAAACGUAUGGAUCCUCUGGAAAAGCCUGCAACUGUAAGAAUUUAUAGCAAAGAUGAAAAGAUGAGGUUUUCCAAGGUGAAAAAGCAGGAACUUGCAGCCAGAAAUACCAAACCAAAUUGUGUAUUAUUGGAUGACUCAGCCGCCAAAGCAAAGUCGCAUAAUGAACAUGUUGCGCUAGUGGAUAAUGUGCGAAUUGGAAUAGUUGAACCUCUCAAUGGAGUUGCUCCUCUACACAAAAAGAAAGGCUUCGACAAGAAUAGGUUUGACAGCUUACAUGUCUCCUCCACAAAACAUACGGAGCUUCCAAGAAGGCAUGAGGGUGUAAGAAAUUACUGCAAAGGUGAACAAUCGAGACUUGAAAAGCUUAGAAAGGAAGAUCUGGCAGCCAGAAAUAUUAAAUCAGUAUAUAUUCCUUUGGAUGGAUCAAUAGCCAUAGCAAAGCAUGACCAAGCAUCUAGGUUGCAUAAAGGAUCUAUUCUAGAGGAGAAUUGGCUGACAUCAAAAAACAAAUCACUUGAUGGUGUUCUGAAGGGAAAAAAGGGCUGUACCGAGAGUGAGUUGGACGGAUGGGAAAUUGUCUCUGCAAAACAGACAGAGCAUCCAAAAAAGGCUGGGAAUGCAGGAAUUUCUUGCAAAUACAAAGAUCCGAGGUUAGAAAAGCUCAAGAUGCCAGAAUUUUCAGCCAGAGAGAUAUCAAACCAGAUGGUUCACCUUUGGUCAAAUCGACAGCCAGAUCAAAGUCACAGAGGAGAAAAGAAUGAGCAUUGUGAGGAGACUGAACCAGCCAGAGAGAUAUCAAUUGCAGCUACUCCAUUGGCUGGAUCAACAAGCAACCACGCAGAGAUUUCUGCCAAUUCUUCAACCUUCAAAUUCACCAAAAGAUUCAUGCCUUGGUGAUACAAGCCUCUGGAUUAAUUUGUGUAUAUAGGAUCACUUGUAGCUUAUCUUCAGUUGGAUUGCCAUGGCUUGUACUUCGUUGUCAUCUGUAAUGGAAUAAAAACUCUUGCUAAAAGUGUUCACUGGUUCCGGAAGUGAAAAACCAAACUGAGAAGCUUCUUCUGGAAGUGUUCUCAAUCCGCAAA